AUGUCGCUCUCCCAGUCGGACGUGGCGGACAUUAACACCCUCUCGCGCUAUCUGGCCUGCUUACAAGUCUCUUCUCUCUACACAUGUCCCAAGGUUGAUGUCGUGGCCUUGUGCGGCAACGCAAUCCUACCCAUCGCCGAUAAUGUCUUCUCGGCUUUGGAGGCGCGCCCAGACCUCACCAAAGUCCUAGUCAUCAGCGGCGGAAUUGGACAUUCUACUCGCUUCCUCUACGAAGCCGUUCGAGCCCAUGGCAAAUAUUGUCGUCUGGCCGACAUGAUCGAUGGACUGCCUGAGGCUGCCGUCUAUGAGCUGAUUCUGACCAAGUAUCACCCCAACCUCGUGGAACGAAUCAAGUCGGGUCAGAUGAAAUGCAUUAUUGAAGCCAAUUCUACUAAUUGCGGAGCCAAUGCCAUUGAGACGCGCCGGGUCCUCGAGCUACACUCUGUCCCUACACCCAGAUCUUGCAUGGUUGUCCAGGACCCUACCAUGUCGCUGCGCACGCUAGCUGCUUUUCAGCGAACUUACCAAGACGUCGAGCCUUCGCCUGAGUUCCUUGCCUGUCCGACCUUCAUCCCUAUAGUCUCUCUUGACGACAAGGGCACGUUACAUCUCAGCGCAGAAGAAAAUGGCUCGACAUCAGAUAUCGAUUCUUCCGGUCUUUGGGAUGUCUCUCGUUUCUUUGACCUGCUGAUGGGGGAAGUUCCUCGGAUACGGGACGACAAGGAUGGGUAUGGCCCGAAAGGAAAAGGCUUCAUUGUUCACGUUGAUGUUCCAGAGGAAGUGGAGGCUGCCUGGGCACGGCUCAGACCAUUUCUGCACUUCAACCGGUGAAAGCUCUAUCUUGGGACUUUACUUGGCUACAAACUAGCACUGCUCCUUAACCCUUGCUCGAGCCCGCCGACGUCUUCUGAGGGGACAGCCUUCCGUCCUUCACAACAUUCAGCACAUAGCGGUCUUCCUGAUCCAUUGACUCCAGUUCGGUUGUCGAAAUGCAACGUUGUGCCUUUCAGGUGCCGAACUCUGCAACAUAGCCCUUCAUCACCACACCAUAUCGAGAUCCAAGUCUUCCACCGACCACAAGACUGUUGCUGGCUUUCCCGAUCUCAAACUUCAUCCCACCAAGACGGGUUGCCUCGUCCGCUCUGCCCUUCGUACUUUUGCCGGCGAUGGGAGGCACAGUCUUUGGUUUGUCCAGCCACUGUGCGGUGUCUGUGACCCUUGCACGGUUUGUUCUUUUUUGCGUGCUUGCAAAGAUUGUCCUUGGUGACCAUGGCGCCUUUACAGCCUGCGUUUGGACAGUGAUGGUGGAUUCGGAUGGUUUCGCACAUGGUGAGUUUAGGUAGGCUGGUUAAGGCUGACUCUGCGGCUUAAGAGGCGCGGGUGUGCUGGGGGGCUGACGCUGUUUGGUGGUGUUGCUUGCUGGGCCCGAUAUCUUGUUAGGAACCGGAUGGUGAAGGGCUGGACGACUUGAAAGAUUAGACGGCAGUCUAUGUCAUUUAUGUCCUUACUCUGAGGCCCUCCCUGCAUCUGUCAUGACACCGCCAUUGUGCUGUUUGCCUACGC